GGGUUAUAUACCAGCAGAAAUAUGACCAUAAGAUCAUAUUCAUAACAUAAAGAGCAUAGAGCAGAAAACUAAAAGUGGAUCCAAGAAGGCAUGGAAAGCUUCCACUAUCUUCACAAGCAUCAGAGGCGAAAGAGGACACAGUAGAUGAGUUUGAUGCUUAUGCAUCUUCUUGGUCUUCUGAAACUGACAUGUCUGCCAUGGUUUCUGCUCUUGCUCAAGUUAUGGGCACUACCAAUCGGAACCCCCUCAUGCCACAAACAACAACCUCUUUUCCUGUCUCAACUUCAAUGGUCAAAGAAGAACCUCAUCCAUACCCAUCUCAACCUGCUCCAGAUCAAGAGAGCACAAAGAAACCAAGGUACAGAGGAGUGAGACAGAGACCUUGGGGUAAAUGGGCAGCAGAAAUUCGUGACCCCAAAAAAGCAGCUAGAGUGUGGUUAGGAACAUUUGAAACAGCUGAGGAAGCAGCCAUUGCAUAUGACAAAGCAGCACUCAAGUUCAAAGGCACAAAAGCUAAGCUCAAUUUCCCUGAAAGAGUUCAAGGUAACACUCAUGUUGCCUAUUUACAACAACCUUCAGAAAACACCAACGUUUUCCCUUUCCAUGCAACUUCUACUGCCACUUGUGCUAGUGGGUCUGUUUCCUCUGUUGAUGCUAUUGCUCCUACUUCAUCAUCAUUGUCCACACAUGAACAUGAUCACCAAGUUUUCCCAAAUCUGUUUCAAUAUGCACAAAUUCUUUCAAGUGAUGAUGCUGAGUUCCCCUAUUACACUUCCCAUCUUUUCAAUCAACGAUUACAACAGCAACAACAACUACUACUACAACAACAACAACAACCUUUCAAUUCUCAAUCACCCUACUUCUACAACCAGCAACAACAUUAUGAUGAUGAAGGGCAUGGUCACUCAGAUCACUAGCAUGGUUUUAAUUUGUGGCCCAUAAUUGCAAUUGCGGUUGAAAUACUACCGUUUUUUUGAGGUCUUUUGUAAUCACAUUCCAAUAACAUUGACCGUAUUGGCCACAAUUGUUCACAAUUUUCCAAAAUCAAGAUUUUUUAGGUGUUAGUAACCUUAACCGCAAAACCUUGAUAAGAGCUGUGUAUCUGUCAAUUUUGCUGUAGAAAGAGUCAGGGAUUAAUGUAUUUUUCUUAAGCGUGCAUGAGACAUGGACCCCACAUUUUGUUUCAUAUUUAAUUAUGAGUAAUGCUAGCUAUU